CAGGUGGCGCCGUCCAUGAUGAAGACCGCUGUGAUUGCGGUUCUUGUGGGUCUUGCCGUGACAGCGAAGCUUGGCGAUGUAGCCCACGGCGGCCAGCACUACCUCCCGCGGCAUGACAGCCACCAGCACCAGCGGACGCAGGUCCCAACACUCGAUAACGGCCUGCACCAACCGGCCCACAACCAGCCCAUCAGUGAGCGCUUCACCGUCGUGGCUGAGUCGAUCCGUCACAGCGAGUAUGCGUCCAGCGCCACCAGGGACAAGCCUCCAGCAGUCAGAGGAUCAUACUCGUGGACGGCCCCUAACGGAGAGAGCUUCCUUGUUGAGUACGUCGCUGAUGAGAGAGGCUUUCGACCAGUGAUCCACCGUGGAAGUUCUGCAUCUUCCUUCGGAUCGUUAAACAGCUUACCCGCUGCUUCCAGUGCUUCCAGAGAAUCUGCAAGUGGAACGACGGGCCAUUCUUCAUCUUCCGAUGCUUCAAGAGGCUCUUCUAAUGGGUCAACGGGCUUUGCAGAUACUUCUGGUAUUUCACAAGGAUCAAGAAGUGGAUCUGCAGGCGUUUCCAUUACUUCCGGUGCUUCCCUAGAAUCCAAGAGUGAAUCUACAGAAUUGUCAGCUUUUUCUGGUGCUUCCCAAGGAUCCGGAAGUGGAACGAUUGGCUUCUCAUCAUCUUCUGGUGCUUCACGAGGAACCGGAAGUGGAACGACUGGCUUCUCAACAUCUGGGGCUUCACAAGCAUCCAGAAGUGGAACGAACGGCUUUUCAUCGUCUUCUGGAGCUUCACGAGGAACCGGAAGUGGAACGACUGGCUUCUCAACAUCUGGGGCUUCACAAGCAUCCAGAAGUGGAACGAACGGCUUCUCAUCGCCUUCUGGAGCUUCAAAAGCAUCCAAAAGUGAAACGACUGGCUUCUCAUCAUCUUUUGGUGCUUCACGUGGAUCUGUAAGUGGAACGACUGGCUUAUCUUCAGGUGCUUCACAAAGACCCGGAAGUGGAACGACUGGCAUCUCAUCAUCUUCUGGUGCUUCACAAGGAUCCAGAAUUCGAACGACUGCCUUGUCGUCACCUUCUAGUGCUUCACAUGCAUCCGGAAGUGGAACGACUGACUUCUCAUCGUCUUCUGGUGCUUCACAAGGAUCCGGAAGUGGAACGACUGGCUUCUCAUUGUCUUCUGGUGCUUCACAUGCAUCCGGAAGUGGAACGACUGGCUUCUCGUCGUCUUCUGGUGCUUCACAAGGAUCCGGAAGUGGAACGACUGGAUUUUCGUCACCUUCUAGUGCUUCACAUGCAUCCGGAAGUGGAACGACUGGCUUCUCAUCAUCUUCUGGUGCUUCCCAAGCAUCAAGAAGUGGAACGACUGGCUUCUCAUCGUCCUCUGGUGCUUCACUAGGAUCCGGAAGUGGAACGACUGGCUUCUCGUCGUCUUCUGGUGCUUCACAAGGGACCGGAAGUGGAACGACUGGUAUCUCAUCGUCUGGGGCUUCACAAGCCUCCAGAAGUGGAACGACUGGCUUCUCGUCGUCUUCUGGUGCUUCACUAGGAUCCGGAAGUGGAACGUCUGGCUUCUCAUCAUCUUCUGGUGCUUCACAAGGAAUCAGAAGUGGAACGAUUGGCUUCUCAUCGUCUUCUGGUGCUUCACAAACAUCCGGAAGUGGAACGACUGGCUUCUCGUCGUCUUCUGGUGCUUCACUAGGAUCCGGAAGUGGAACGUCUGGCUUCUCAUCAUCUUCUGGUGCUUCACAAGGAAUCAGAAGUGGAACGAUUGGCUUCUCAUCGUCUUCUGGUGCUUCACAAGCAUCCGGAAGUGGAACGACUGGCUUCUCAUCUUCUGGUGCUUCCCUAGGAUCCGGAAGUGGAAUAACUGGCUUUGCUUCGGGUGCUUCACAAGCAUCUGGAAGUGGAACGACUGGCUUCUCAUCGUCUUCUGGUGCUUCACAAGGAACCGGAAGUGGAACGACCGGAUUCUCGUCGUCUUCUGGUGCUUCACAAGCAUCCGGAAGUAGAACGACUGGCUUCUCAUCUUCUGGUGCUUCCCUAGGAUCCGGAAGUAGAACGACUGGCUCCUCAUCGUCUUCUGGUGCUUCACAAGGAAUCGGAAGUGGAACGACUGGCUUCUCAUCGUCCUCUGGUGCUUCACUGGGAUCCGGAAGUGGAACGACUGGCUUCUCAUCGUCUUCUGGUGCUUCACAAACAUCCGGAAGUGGAACGACUGGCUUCUCAUCGUCUUCUGGUGCUUCACAAGGAAUCGGAAGUGGAACGACUGGCUUCUCAUCGUCCUCUGGUGCUUCACUAGGAUCCGGAAGUGAAACGACUGGCUUCUCGUCCUCUUCUGGUGCUUCACAAGCAUCCGGAAGUGGAACGACUGGCUUCUCAUCGUCUUCUGGUGCUUCACAAGCAUCCGGAAGUGGAACGACUGGCUUCUCGUCGUCUUCUGGUGCUUCACAGGCAUCCGGAAGUGGAACGACUGGCAUCUCAUCGUCCUCUGGUGCUUCACUAGGAUCCGGAAGUAGAACAACUGGCUACUCGUCGUCCUCUGGUGCUUCCCAAGGUACCGGAAGUGGAAUAACUGGCUUUGCUUCUGGUGCUUCCCUAGGAUCCAGAAGUGGAACGACUGGUAUCUCAUCGUCUUCUGGUGCUUCACAAGGAACCGGAAGUGGAACGAUUGGCUUCUCAUCGUCUUCUGGUGUUUCACAAGGAUCCGGAAGUGGGACGACUGGCUUCUCAUCGUCCUCUGGUGCUUCCCAAGGAACCGGAAGUGUAAUAACUGGCUUUGCUUCUGGAGGUUCACAAGGAUCCGGAAGUGGAACGACUGGCUUCUCAUCGUCUUCUGGUGCUUCACAAGGAAUCGGAAGUAGAACGACUGGCUUCUCAUCGUCCUCUGGUGCUUCACUAGGAUCCGGAAGUGAAACGACUGGCUUCUCGUCGUCUUCUGGUGCUUCACAAGCAUCCGGAAGUGGAACGACUGGCAUCUUAUCGUCUUCUGGUGCUUCACAAGGAUCCGGAAGUGGAACGAUUGGCUUCUCGUCGUCUUCUGGUGCUUCACAAGGAACCGGAAGUGGAACGACUGAAUUCUUAUCGUCUUCUGGUGCUUCACAAGGAACCGGAAGUGGAACGAAUGGAUUCUCAUCGUCUUCUGUUGCUUCACAAGGAACCGGAAGUGGAACUACUGGCUUCUCGUCGUCUUCUGUUGCUUCACAAGGAACCGGAAGUGGAACUACUGGCUUAUUAUCAACUUCUGGUGCUUCACAAGGAUCCGGAAGUGGAACGACUGGCUUCUCAUCAUCUUCUGGUGGUUCACAAGGAUCCGGAAGUGGAACGACUGGCUUCUCAUCAUCUUCUGGUGCUUCACAAGGAAUCGGAAGUGGAACGACUGGCUUCUCAUCGUCCUCUGGUGCUUCACAAGGAUCCGGAAGUGAAACGACUGGCUUCUCGUCGUCUUCUGGUGCUUCACAAGCAUCCGGAAGUGGAACGACUGGCAUAUCAUCGUCCUCUGGUGCUUCACUAGGAUCUGGAAGUGGAAUAACUGGCUUUGCUUCUGGUGCUUCCCUAGGAUCCGGAAGUAGAACGACUGGCUUCUCAUUGUCUUCUGGUGCUUCCCAAGGUACCGGAAGUGGAACAACUGGCUUUGCUUCUGGUGCUUCCCAAGGAUCCGGAAGUGGAACGACUGGUAUCUCAUCGUCUUCUGGAGCUUUACAAGGAAUCGGAAGUGGAACGAUUGGCUUCUCGUCGCCUUCUGGUGCUUCACAAGAAACCGGAAGUGGAACGACUGGAUUCUUAUCGUCUUCUGGUGCUUCACAAGGAACCGGAAGUGGAACGACUGGAUUCUCAUCGUCUUCUGGUGCUUCACAAGCAUUCAAAAGUGGAACGAUUGGCUUCUCAUCGUCUUCUAGUGCUUCACAAGAAUCCAUAAGUGAAACGACUGGCUUCUUAUCGUCUUCUGAUGCUUCACAGGGAUCCGGAAGUGGAACGACUGGCUUCUCGUUGUCUUCUGGUGCUUCACAAGGAACCGGAAGUGGAACUACUGGCUUAUUAUCAACUUCUGGUGCUUCACAAGGAUCCGGAAGUGGAACGACUGGCUUCUCAUCAUCUUCUGGUGCUUCACAAGGUACCGGAAGUGGAAUAACUGGCUUUGCUUCUGGUGCUUCCCUAGGAUCCGGAAGUGGAACGACUGGCAUCUCAUCGUCUUCUGGUGCUUCCCAAGGAAUCGGAAGUGGAACGACUGGCUUCUCAUCAUCUUCUGGUGCUUCACAAGGAACCGGAAGUGGAACUACUGGCUUAUUAUCAACUUCUGGUGCUUCACAAGGAUCCGGAAGUGGAACGACUGGCUUCUCAUCAUCUUCUGGUGCUUCACAAGGAACCGGAAGUGGAACUACUGGCUUCUCAUCGUCUUCUGGUGCUUCACAAGGAACCGGAAGUGGAACGACUGGCUUCUCGUCGUCUUCUGGUGCUUCACAAGGAACCGGAAGUGGAACUACUGGCUUCUCAUCAUCUUCUGGUGCUUCACAAGGAACCGGAAGUGGAACUACUGGCUUCUCAUCGUCUUCUGGUGCUUCACAAGGAACCGGAAGUGGAACGACUGGAUUCUCAUCGUCCUCUGGUGCUUCCCAAGGUACCAGAAGUGGAAUAACUGGCUUUGCUUCUGGUGCUUCCCUAGGAUCCGGAAGUGGAACGACUGGCAUCUCAUCGUCUUCUGGUGCUUUACAAGGAACCGGAAGUGGAACGACUGGAUUCUUAUCGUCUUCUGGUGCUUCUCAAGGAACCGGAAGUGGAACGACCGGCUUCUCGUCGUCUUCUGGUGCUUCACAAGGAACCGGAAGUGGAACGACUGGAUUCUUAUCGUCUUCUGGUGCUUCUCAAGGAACCGGAAGUGGAACAACUGGCUUUUCAUCGUCUUCUGGUGCUUCACAGGGAUCCGGAAGUGGAACGACUGGCUUCUCGUCGUCUUCUGGUGCUUCACAAGGAACCGGAAGUGGAACUACUGGCUUAUUAUCAACUUCAGGUGCUUCACAAGGAUCCGGAAGUGAAACAACUGGCUUCUCAUCGUCUUCUGGUGCUUCAGAAGCACCCAGAAGUGGAACGACUGGCUUCUCAUCGUCUUCUGAUGCUUCACAAGGAUCCGGAAGUGGAAUAACUGGCUAUGCUUCUGGUGCUUCACAAGCAUCCGGAAGUGGAACGACUGGAUUCUCAUCAUCUUCUGAUGCUUCACAAGGAUCCGGAAGUGUAACGACUGGCUUCUCAUCAUCUCCUGGUGCUACCCAAGGAACCGGAAGUGGAACAACUGGCUUCUCAUCAUCUUCUGAUGCUUCACAAGGAUCCGGAAGUGGAAUAAAUGGCUUUUCUUCUGGUGCUUCUCUAGGAUCCGGAAGUGGAACGACUGGCUUCUUGUCGUCUUCUGGUGCUUCACAGGGAUCCGGAAGUGGAACGACUGGCUUCUCAUCGUCUUCUGGUGCUUCACAAGCAUCCGUAAGUGGAACGACUGGCUUCUCAUCUUCUGGUGCUUCCCCAGGAUCCCUAAGUGGAACGACUGGCUUCUCAUCGUCCUCUGGUGCUUCCCAAGAAACCAGAAGUGGAACGACUGGCUUUUCAUCAUCUUCUGGUGCUUCCCAAGGAACCGGAAGUGGAACGACUGGCUUCUCACCUACUUCUGGUCUUUCUCAAGGGUCUGGAAGUGCAUCGCCGGGCUCCUCUGGUUCCGAUGCUUCCCGAGGGUCUGGUAUAUCUACGGGUUUCUCUGCUGUUUCUGGGGCUUCCCACGGAUCCGGAAGUAGAACAACUGGCUUCUCAUCUUCAUCUGGUUUUUCACAAGCAUAUGGAAGUGGACCGACCAAUUCGAGGGGGUUUUCUGCUUCUUCUAGUGCUUCCCAAGAGUCAGGUAUAUCAGCGGCGUUCUCCGACCCUUCAGGUGUUUCAGAAUCUACGGUCUUCUCUACUGCUACUAAGACUUCCCAAGAAUCCACUUCCCGGGGUUCCGGAAUUGGAACGUUUGGCCUCUCUUCUCCUUCUGGAAGUGAAUCAUUAGAUCCCUCCACUUUACCAGACACGUCUUUGAACUUGUUAAAUGGUCCUUCUGUCUCCUCUACAUCCUUUGAUGUUUCUCUUGAACCCGGAAGUGGUUCGUCUUCCUCUACUACAGCUGAUGAUUCUGGAAGUGGAUUUUCCAUUUCAAGACUUUUACCCACUUCAUCAAACAAUUUAUCGUCUGGUGAGGCUGGUACAGGUAUAGCAGAGAGCCUGGCUGGCCAGAGCUCCCCUCCUAGUAGUACUCUUGACAAGGUUGCCUUCUCUGUAGGCUCCAGUGGUUCUAAGAGUGGAGUCACAAGCACCUCCAUCUUCUCAGAUCAUUCUACUGGAUCUAGAUUGUCAUUUACCCCUUCAACUGGCUCAGGCUCUAGCUCUAGUUUUCCGCCCACUUCUGCAACUGCACCUGGAACGAGACCAUCUAGUCAGAUCACUGAAGGUGUAGCAGUUAUCUUAGCUGGUCAAGGUACAACUGCUGGAGAUUCUCGUGAACAAGCUUCCUUCUCUGGUGCUUCUAGCAUUUCUGGUAGUGGAUCGUCCAGCUCCACCCUCUCUGGUGCGUCUGCUGGCUCUGGUAUUGGAUUUAACAACAUUAGGUUUUCAGAGACCUCUUCAGCUGGCUCAGGCUCUGGUUCCAGAUUUACAUCCACUCCGACUGUGUUGAGUUCUGAUUCGAGAUUCUCAUCCACCUCUUCAACUGGAUCAGCUGCUGGUUCUAGAUUCACCUCUACUUCAUCACCUAGACCUGGCUCCAGACCAUCCAGUGAGAUCAUUCAAGGUGUAGCAGUCGUCCUGGCUCGUGGACAGGCUGCAUCCCCCAGUUCUUCCACUGAUUCUGGAAGUGCAUCGCCCAGUUCCUCAACCUUCUCAAGUAGUUCUUCUGGUUCCAGUAAGGGAUUUACCACCACUACAUUUUCACCCAUCUCCUCAACUGGAUCAGACUCUAGUUCAAGGUUCUUAGUCACCUCUUCACCUCGAACAGGUACUGGCUCUAAAUUUACAUCCUUUUUAUCAACUGGACCUGCUGGUUCCAGACCAUCCUCUGAGAUCAUCAAAGGUGUAGCAGUGGUUCUGUCUGGUCACAAUGCUCCUGCUGGGGGUGCUCGACGACAGGCUGCCUUCUCCAGUACGUCCAGUGAUUCUGGAAAAGAAUCGUCCAGCUCCUCCAGCAACUCUAAUAGGUCUUCUGGUCCUGGAUUAUAUUCCUCUAGAUUUUCGCCUGUCCCUUCAAUUGGCUCAGGCACCCAUUCUGGGUUUCCAUCCACUUCUUCACCUAUAUCAGAUUUUAACACAAGAUUCUCGUCCACUUCAACGGGACCAAGUUCCGGUUCUAGGUUCUCCUCUACCUCUUCAACUCAAUCAAACUCUGUCUCUAGUUUUCCAUCCACCUUUUCAGUAGGAUCAGGCUUCAGUUCCGGGUUCCUAUCCACUUCUUCAACAGGAUCAGGCUUCAUUUCAAAACCAUCUUUCGCUUCUUCAACUGAAUCAACCUCUGACCCAAAGGCCUCAUCCACCUUUCAAACUGGACCAGGUUCUGGUUCCAGGUUCUCAACCCCUUCUUCAGUUAAAUUUGGCUCCUUGUCAUCUGGUCAAGUCGGUGAAGGAGUAUCAUUAUUCCUGGCUGUCGAAGAUUCUUCUUCUGGAAGUAUUGGCAGUCAAACUUCAUUUUCCGGCGUUUCCAGUGGUUCUGGGAGUGGCUCAUCAAGUUCCUCCACCUUCUCCGAUACUUCUACUAGUUCUGAUAAUAAAGUUUCAUCCUCUGUGUUUUCAUUCCCCUCUUUAACUGGACCAGGUUCUGUCUCUAGUUUUCCAUCCACCUCAUCAACUGGAUUAGUCUCCAAUUCCAAGUUCUCAUCAACUUCAAUUGAAUCCAGCAUCAGCUCUAGGUUUCCAUCAGCUUCUUCAGCAGGCUCAGUCUCUGGGAUAACUGGUCAGGUUGCUGAAGGCGCAGCAGAAGUUAUUCGGGGCCAGGCUGCCUUCUCUGGUGCCUCCAGUGGUUCCCUAUAUGGUUCUUCGAACUCUUUUUCGAGUUCUAAUGUUCAUUCUGGCGGUGGAGCUCCUAACUCUUUAGCUUUCUCCAGGGCCUCAAUUGGCUCUGAAGGUCACUCGUCCAGCUCUGGCUCCGGAAAUAAACAUAAUAAUUUUAGGCCUUCUUCAAUAUCUUCAUCUAGUUCAAGCUCUGAGUCUAUUCACUCCACCACUUCUUCACUUCGAUUUAACUCCGAGUCCACAUCAGGCCAGGUCGUUAAAGGAAUAACAGUGACCCAGGCUGGACGAAGUGGUGCUGGUGGAGUCGUUCGUAGUCAGGAUACUUCUACUAGUUCUUCUAGUGGAACUGUAAAUGAACUGUUAGGAGUCUCGGCCAUCUCUAGUUCGCCUGGUUCCAGUGGUGGACCAUCGGAUUCCUCUACCUCCUCUAGUUCUGUCAUUGAUUCCAGUAGCAUAUCGGUAGGCUCCUACUCCAUCUCUGGCUCUUCGCUUGGCUCCAGUAGUGGACUGUCUAACUCCGCUUUCUCUGGUUCUUCACUUGGUCCCUCUAAUAAACUAUCCAGUUCCUCUAAUCUCGCAGAGGCUUCUCAAGGAUCAGUAAGUGCCACCUUUAGCCCUGGUGUAUCAGGAGGCUUAACAAACCCUAAUGAUGGAAUAAAAGGUUUAGUUUCUUUUAUUCCUGCACCAGAGAUUGCAGUCAAAACACCUCCUCCAGGAGCAGGUUACCUUUAUAAUCCUCCAAUAAUCAGUAACUUACCUCCGGAAACAGAAAAUUCAGGAUUUUCGUCGCAAUCAUCCGGCUUUACAGGCUCAUCAGGGUUACUGGGGUCAGAUGGUUCAUCGAGUUCAACGCCUGGCUCUCUACCUGGUUCUUCCUCUUUAGGAAUUGAUGAUUCCAGUGGUGCUGGAUUUGGAUUUGCAUCUGAUUCUGGAUUUACACCACAAAGUUCCAUUGGCUCUGGAUUCGGAUCGACAUCUGAAAGCUCUACUGAUUCUAGUUCUGGAUUAUCCUCGGGAAGUUCCGCUGACAGUACUAGUUCUGGAUUUACAGCAGGCAGUUCCGACUCUCAACUUUCAUCCACUGGCCAAGCUGGUGGCAAUAUAGCAGUGGUUCUGGCUGGCCAAGGAGGUCUAUCUGGAACUACCAGUCCAAAUGCACUAAAGGUUUCUUCUAGCAAUGACAGAGAUAAUGCAAACACUCUAUCCUCCACGGUUGACCUUCGUUCUGGAUUCUCAUCUGAAGGUUCCAGCGAUUCCAGUAGCCCCAGCUCUCAACUCUCUUCCGGAAGCUCCUUUGGUUCUAUUGCCGGAUUUUCACCAGGAAAUUCAAUUGGUUCUACUACCACAUUAUCAUCUGACAGCUCAACUGGUUCCAGUUCUGAAUUAUCUUCAGGCAACCCAAUUAAUGAUUCUAGUUUUCCGUUCGCUGAUGCCUCUGGGUCAAAACUGUAUGCUGGAUCAAGCUCUGGCACUACGAUUUCAUCCUUAUCAACUAGAUCAUCGACUGGUCAAGGCGGGGACAAUGUAGCAGUGAUCCUGGCUGGGCAAGGUGUUCCAGCCAGUGUUGCUGACGGCCAGACAGCUUAUCAAGUCUCUGCUGAUACCGGUACAAUUGGUAUUAGUCCUGGCCUCACUUCAGGCAGCUCUAGUGGCGUUUUAAAUUCCCAGCUCCCUAGCACCUCUGGCUCUCGCUUCUCUACUGAAUCAAGUUUUGGUUCUGGACUUUCAUCUACCACAUCAAAUGGAUUGAACUCUGGACCUUCUGUUGGCCUGGUCGAUGGUAGUGCAGCAGCGACCCUUGCUGGUCAAGGUGUUUCAACAAAGGUUACACAGGAACAAGAAGCUGUUAAGAAUUUUGUGGGUGCUGGAAUAAUAAGCACAGGCUCUGGAUCCUCUUCAGAUAGCGCCACUGUUGUUGGUCCUGGAGUCCCACAAGGUAUCUCCACUGGACUGUUAUCAGGCAGCUCCAGUGGUUCAAGAAAUGAAUUCACUUCAGAUAGCUCUACUGCUCCCAUUUCUGGGUUCUCUUCUAACUCCUCUAUUGAUGGCUCCGACUCGCAGCUUUCCAGUACCUCUGGUUCUAGUUUAUCAGCUGGGUCAAGUUCCAGCUCUUCGUUAACAUUCAGCCCUUCAACUGGAUCAAGCUCUGGUGAGAGUGUAGCAGUGAUCUUGGCUCAUCAAGGUAUUCCAUCAGCAGUUACUCGUAGUCAGGAAACGUUGAGCACCUCUAUUGGCACAAUCGCAAAUGGCAGUCCAGGAUCCUCCUUAGGUAGCUCUGUUGAUAUCAGUUCUGGAUCCUCCUUAGGUAGCUCUGUUGAUAUCAGUUCUGGAUCCUCCUUAGGUAGCUCUGUUGAUAUCAGUUCUGGAUCCUCCUUAGGUAGCUCUAUUUAUGUAAGUUCUGGGUUUUCAUCUGGGAGCCCCGUUGAUGUCACUUCUGGAUUUUCUUCUGACAACUCAGCUGUUAGCUUUACAUCAUCUCCAGAAAGCUCCGUUGGUAUUGCUUCAGGGUUUUCUUCAGGUAGUGAAUUAGGUUCCGAUUCUGGAUUAUCUCCUGGUAGUUCGAUUGAAAUAGGUUCUGGAUUAUCUGGCACAGGUUCUAGUUUCUCUUCAGGUAGCGUUACUGGUUCCAGCUCUAAACAUCCUAGUUCCUCUAUCUCUCAUUUCUCUAACGAAGCUAGCUCUGGCACUAGAUUUUCAUCUUUAUCUUCAACUAGAUCAUCAACUGGUCAAAACCCGGACAGUGUAGCAGUGAUCUUGGCUGGGCAAGGUGUUCCAGGCGGAGUUUCUGAUGGUACUUCUGCAGUUACUAGUUCAACUGGUAUUAGUUCCAAAUUCACUUCAGGCAGCUCCACUAGUGCUAUUUCUGGAUUGUAUUCAAGUAGCUUGUCUAGUUUAAUUUCUGGAUUAUCUUCAGGCGUCGAUAUCAGAUCUGGAUUACCUACGGGCAGCUCCAGUGGCUCGGGCUCUGGAUUUUCUUCCGAGAGCACAUCUGAAGUGCCCAACUCACAGGCAUCUGGUGCCUCUUCUGGUCAGGCCGUUGGUGGUGCGGCGGUGAUCUCGGUGGCUGGCGAAGGUGCUCCUGUCGAAGCAACUCGUAGUCAUGAAACAUUCCAGGUGGCCGCUGGAACUGACAAUUCCGAAUCAUCGUUAGGCUUAAGCUCUAUAAAUUUGUCUAGUUCAUCGCUUAAACCUUCAAGCUCUUCCCCCGAAUCUUCUAGUCGAGAUGCACUGCCUGGUCUCAAUACAGCAUCUUUCCUGUCCAGUGGUGGUGGGGCAGUGCUGCCACACAGACUGUCUGGAACCACUCUCCAUACUGCUAGUGGAGGCAGUGUUCGCAAAUUCUCAAGCAGCUCGUUCCAGACCUCGCAAGGAUACAGUUCCAGCAGCAGCAGCAGCAGCAGCAGCAGCAGCACGAGGAACUAUGGCACCAUUCCCAACGUUAAGGAUGUUGCAGUUAUUCUCGCCAAGACGGGUCAGCUCUAGACACUCCUUUUUGAUCAUUCCCACAGAAUAUGCUGUCAAAUUAAGUACAUUGUAGGUUGAUAAUUCUCACAGAACUUGGUAAUUGUUUUCACAAAUUAUGCUAAUGGUCUGCUGCCUUUAACUGUGUGCUGAGUGGAGAGGGUUUCAAGUAGACAGUAUUGAAGACGGGCAAGUACAAAGUGCUGAUGUUCCCUCCAAGGGGAAGUGUAUCUUGUGUGUUCCUCCAAGGGGAAUGCACCUUAAAUGUUACCCCAAAGGAAGUGCAUAUGUGUUCCUCCAAGGGGAAGUGCGUCUCAAAUAUUCCUCCAAGGGGAAGUGCGUCUCAAAUAUUCCUCCAAGGGGGAGUGCGUCUCAAAUACUCCUCCAAAGGGAAAUGCAUCUCAAAUAUUUCUCCAAGGGGAAGUAUCUCAAAUAUUCCUCCAAGGGGAAGUGUAUCUCAAAUAUGCCUCCUAGGGAAAGUAUCUCAAAUAUUCCUCCAAGGAAAAAGUGUAUCUCAAAUAUUCCUCCAAGGGGAAGUGCAUCUCGUGUGUUCCUAGAUGUUCGUGUUGUUACUAACUGCUAGCUUAGAUGUAGAUUAAGUUACUAUUGUGUUUUGUAUAAUAUACUAUAAAUGCCACGUUGUUAUGUAAAUAAAAUGAAAGCACGUUGUAA